AUGCUGAAAGAACUCUCAAGUGUUGUCCAGAUUCAGUGUGAGCCUGUAGUGACUGACACCCACCUCGGUCUCAGCUUUGCCACCUCCCUAGAUUCCGGAACCUAUUGUUUCCUUAAGGUAAAAGCUCAGCUAGAAGAAAAAGAAGGGAAAACCUUUGAUGUCUUCACUGCAGUGGAGUUUAAAACUCAGGUGGUUGCUGGAACAAACUACUUCAUCAAGGUCCAUGUUGGGAAUGAGGAGUUCAUGCACCUGCGGGUGUUCAAGAGCCUCCCCCACGAGAACGAGCAGCUGAGCCUCCACAGUUACCAGGGCAGCAAGGCAAAGCACGAUGAACUGGCUUACUUCUAGCAACCUUCUCUGCUGUGUUUCCCUAGUUGGUUCUUAUGUGCAUUUCCUACAGGCUGCAAAAUGUUGAUUCCUGUGCCAACAAAAGCAGAAAAAAAAGUGUCUUUUUUAUCAUAGGGAAAAAAUAAAUUUCUUUUAUGCCAUUCCCUUCCUUUGCAAUCUCCAAAUCUGAGAAUCACAGGGUUUUCCUAUUACCUGCACUAAUGUAAACCCUACUUUUAUUGCAACUUUACUUGGCUUUAGUGCAUCUUAACCAGAAUACUGUGGCUAAGUCCUGUUUUUGAACAUCCUUGGUCUGGAAAUUGGAAGGGGAAUGGCACCAGCACUCAUAUAUUUGCAGCAAGGAGCAAGAAGAAAACCUCAGUCUUUUCGGUUCUGUUUUGCAACUGUGAAUAUAUGUGAUUUAAACAUCUAGAUUUAAACUGUACUUCGUAUUUUAUGGGCAAAGACCUGAUGAGAGACUCGAAUUGAAGCAGUUUUGCAAGGAAGAGAAAGAGGCUUACAGUAGUUUGAAACAAACAUUCCCUUGGUAAUCAUGCUCAUCCUCUUGCAGCAGUAGCAUGUAAUGUCCCGUAGAGGGUGUGUGAGUUUAAAAUACCAAACCAGCUUGCUUAUGUUCUUGGUCCUAUGGAAAAGUCCAGGAAAGGAACUUAAGCAGGACAAGCAUUUCUGCAUUUAUAAUAAUAAACAUUUCUUUUGACUUGAAA